CUCUUAAACUUUUCGUAGUUUUUCACAGUUCCAUUUCCCCAAAAAAACCUGAGCUGUACAACUGACACCCAAACACACAUGCUUGAGCAAGAGAAAUGAUGCAGAGGAUGUGAGGAUUAGGUGUGUCGAAACAACUCAGCUAUCACUGUGAUGUCUCUCCGUUCGGACCAGAUAGAGGACGGAGAGAGCACCUCCGGCUCCUCGGAAGCUAAAACAGACCGUUAUGGAUUCUUGCUUGUUAAUGGAGACACGAACAAUGACAGUGAUGACCCCUGUCCUGAGUUGGUGAGACACCGUGAAAUGAAAUGGAUCAACCUUAUGAGCCAGUGGGAUCAGGUACUUGAGAAGAAGCAUAGUAAGAUCAAAGCUCAGUGUCAGAAGGGAAUCCCAGCGUCUGUCAGGUCCAAGUGCUGGCCCCUGCUGUGUGGAGCGACACAGAGGAAAGAGAAUAACAAAGAUCUCUACAAUACUCUGGAGUCGUCCCCGGGUCAGCAAAGCUGGAUUGAUGUCAUCAAGAGAGACACAGACAGGCAGUUUCCUUUCCAUGAGAUGUUUCAAUCCGAAGACAGCCCUGGUCAGCAGGGCUUGUUGCAGGUUCUAAAGGCUUACACUCAGUUUCGGCCUGAUGAAGGAUACUGCCAGGCGCAGGGUCCAGUGGCGGCAGUGCUACUAAUGCACAUGCCCAUGGAGGAAGCAUUCUGGUGUUUGGUACAGAUCAGCGAACUUUACCUCCCUGGAUACUACAGUCCCCUGCUGGAGGGUGUGUUGUUCGAUGCUGCAAUUCUCUUCAGCGUGCUAAAAAGGACGUGUCCGGCUGCAUACAAACACAUGAAGAAACAAGGGGUGGAGCCUCUCAUGUUUGCCACCGAUUGGCUGAUGUGUCUGUAUAGCCGCCACCUGCCAUUCAACACUUUACUCCGAGUCUGGGAUCUCUUCUUCUGCAAUGGUGUUCGUGUGCUGUUUCAGGUGGCCGUGGUUUUAGUGCGACGUUGCUUAGGGGAGGCUCGACAUCGGAAAGAGUGUGAGGGCCAGGUGGAGACUCUGGAGAGACUGCGGUCAGUUAAGUGCCAUGUCCAACACGAGCAGGCCGACGCCUUUAUUCAAGAGGUGUGUUCAGUACCCCUGUCCUUGGCAGAUCUCCAGCGACAGACUGAAAAGGAGUUAGGGAAAUGGAGGAAAGAGCGCCCGGGCUCGACGUUUGACCCCCGAGAUCGUUGCCACGGAUACUAUAUGAUAUGGGAAAAAGGGAAAGAAAGGGUGAAGGAGAACGAAAAGAAGGAGAGACAGAGCGGGAACCUAAGGGCUCCCGUGAUGCGUUCGCACUCGUCCCUCUCUCCGGCAAUCCUUCGUAAAAAAUGGAGGAAGAGAGGAAGUAAAACAGAGAAUGAGGAGUGGGAAGGAAGAGGGUUUACGAAACAGGACAGUGAUGAUGAAGAGAAAAGGAGGGCGAGCGUGUGCGGUGUAGCCGGCGAGCUACGAGUAAAGACACAGAAGACACCACCGGAGUUUAGCAAACAGUUUCAGAAAGAGAGUAACACGAGCCUGAACACGCCACGUACAUCGGCGACAGAAACACUGCUGGGUUCCGAGCUGUUAGAUCUCGAUGCCACUGUGUUUGAGGAGGAUGAGAACGAUAUGGUGGUCAUCCCCAUACCGUUGCACAUAGUUCGAGGUGACCGUAAAGAAGAAACAAAGCCGCCUACCACCCUGAAAGAAGACGAUUCAGAGGCAGGUGACAUUCAACAGGAAAUAGAAAAGCAGCAAGGCACAGAGACAUGGCAAGAUGAAGAAAAGAAAGAGCAGGAUCCCAGAGAUGAAGAAAUUUCAUCACAUCAAGACCAGGCUGAACCACAGCAAGAGCAAUCACAACCUUCCCAACUAGAGGAAGUGGAGGAUGCAAGAAACAAACCCGAACAGGAAACACAAGAAAACACAAGUAAACAGGAAGAGGAAACUGAAAUUCAGACCUGUGAACCUGUAGAGGAGGUACAACUUAAUAUCAACACACAAGAAGAGGAUGUGCAAAUCCAAGUAAAUACUGACAAACAGGAGGAAGAGGAACAGGAAAAUGGAGCCGAGAAAGAACAUGAAGAGAUGGAUAGUAGUAAACAGGAAGAGGAAAUAGGGACAAAGAGCCAAGAACCAGAAGUAGUAAUACAUCUAGGUAGCACUGAAGAGGAAGCAAUAUGUAACAGCAAUAUACAAGAGGGGGAAAUAGAGACAAAGGGCAAUGAACAAGAAGGAGAAAUAGAGGAAGAAAAGGAAAUACAGGCACAGAGCUGCGAACAGGAAGUGGAAAUUCAGGAAGAAAAGGAAAUACAGCCACAGAGCUGCGAACAGGAAGUGGAAAUUCAGGAAGAAAAGGAAAUACAGGCACAGAGCUGCGAAAAGGAAGUGGAAAUUCAGGAAGAAAAGGAAAUACAGGCACAGAGCUGCGAAAAGGAAGUGGAAAUUCAGGAAGAAAAGGAAAUACAGGCACAGAGCUGCGAAAAGGAAGUGGAAAUUCAGGAAGAAAAGGAAAUACAGGCACAGAGCUGCGAAAAGGAAGUGGAAAUUCAGGAUGAAAAGGAAAUACAGGCACAGAGCUGCGAAAAGGAAGUGGAAAUUCAGGAUGAAAAGGAAAUACAGGCACAGAGCUGCAAACAGGAAGUGGAAAUUCAGGAAGAAAAGGAAAUUAAGGCACAGAGCAGUGAUCAGGAAGUGGAAAUAGAGAAUGCAAAUAGUGCUAAUGAAGAGGAGAUGCUACAAAUAUGUCUCAUAGACAUAAAAGAUGAGCAGCAGCAACAGGAAGACAGAGAACAAAAAAAUGAAGUUGGACAUAUUUUGGAAACGGAAGAGGAAAUGCAUUCAAAUGUGCUCCAAACUCCAGAGGAUCAGAAGGAUGCAGAGGAUCAAGCACCUUCCGUUCAAGAGGAAGAGCAUGAAUGCUGUGAAAGUGGAAGCAGUACAGAUGUGGAAAAGACACGGCAAGAGCCGGAAGGCGAGAGAGAGGAGGCAAGGACUGGUGAUGCACCUGAAGAGGAAACAGAAGGAACUGUGAUGGAUGGAGAAAAGGGAGAACCAGAAACUGUAACAUCUUCACCUUGUGUUCAACCAGAAAUGGUGACAGAACAUUCUGGAGAAUCAGAGACUCCACAGGACUCUAACCAAACCCAGGAUGAAAACAUAGAAGUUAACAAAACGUCCACACCUGAGCAGGAGGAACCUGACAAAACCGGUGGAUCUAGCAUCCCAGAGUCUCCACAUCCAGUGAAAAAGGAAGAGGAAGUAGAAAGAGAGAUUACAGCUGAGUCAAACCCGGUAAAACCAGCUCCCUCUGGUGCAAACCAACACCCUCAGCUCCGUCUUCGCAGGUCCUCCAGCUCCCACACCUCCUAUCCCACCAUCCUCUCCGAGGACACUUUCAGGGACCCGCAACAAAACGUCAAACGAGAUUCAUGCUCCCAAAACACAGAGGCGGAAGAGUCAGACAUCGCCCAACCAAAACAAACACAAAGCUCCAAACAGGAAGAUCUACAGAAACCCAAAGCUCAAACCAAGUCAGACAAACCCAAACGCAAGGGUCUGUUUCAACGCCUCAGGGCUGACAUGCCUUCCAAAUCCACCAUCCCCAAAAUCGUCAUCCAGGACUUCAGUGAAGGGGAGGAGAAGCUGAGCUCUAAGGAGAGAAGGCGGCGCAGAAGGAUGCAGGAGAGGAAAGAGAAGGAGGAAGAGAAGGAGAGGAAAAAGCUAGAGAAAGAGCUGGAGAAGGAAAAGGAAAGGGAAAGGAAAAAGCCACAGACCAGAGGAAAGAGCUUUCAGGUUCUCAGUAAAAAGCACGACGAUUACGAUGACGUUUUCUCCGAAAAGAGCGACUCGCAGGAGGUGGGACAUAAAAGGACCUCUUACUCCGAGAGUUAUUUCUGACUCAAGGACACACUGACAUAUCUUAUCUUAGAUAAACGGAUUGUAGUACGAUACGUUCAUUUCGCAGCAGAGCAUGCACUGCUUUAACAAAAAAAAAAUGCUUGUAAGACUCAUUCUUUUCAAACCCGUAACGUCUUUGUAUAUAUAUAUUUUCACAUGACCAUUAAAGCAAAUUUUGCUAUUUUAAUUCCUUACUCUAUCAAAUUACUGUGAGUAGAAAUGAAUCAACAUCUUCUGACCAAUCAGAUGAAGAAUCCAGCAACACAGUGGUAUAAAUUAU